AUGAAUAUCAGAGCGAAAACCAUAAACCUUACUAUUAGUUUUUUUCUCUUCAUUUUAAAUGGUGAAGCUAAGUCAUGUGGAAAUGGUUGUGACAUGGCUAUAGCUUCGUAUCAUAUUUGGUCAGGAGCUAAUUUAACUUACAUUAGUCACAUAUUCAAUUUAACAAUUCCAGUUAUUCUUAAUUACAAUCCUCAAAUCACAAGCCAAGAUAGUAUUACUAGUGACACGAGGCUUAAUCUCCCAUUUUCAUGUGAUUGCUUAAAUGGUGAUUUUUUGGGACAUACUUUUGUGUACAAAACUGUGUUUGGUGACACGUACAAAAGAGUUGCCACUAUGGCCUUUGCAAACCUUACAACUGAGUAUUGGCUCAAACGGGUCAACAAUUAUGACCCGACCAACAUACCGAAUUAUGCCAUGAUCAACGUGACGGUUAAUUGCUCCUGUGGCGACGGUGAAGUGUCCGACGAUUAUGGGUUGUUUGCCACGUACCCUAUUCGUCCGGGAGAGAACUUGUCCACGGUGGCGGUGGGGUCGGGUGUGUCAGCUGAGUUGCUGGAGAAGUUCAAUCCGGGUUUGGAUUUUGGUUACGGGUCGGGAAUAGUGUUUGUGCCGGCAAGAGAUGCACAGGGAAAUUUUCCACCGUUGAAGACAAGGUCAAGAGGACUCUCACGUGGAGCCAUUGCUGGCAUAACAGUGGCAGCUAUUUUUGGGGCUACGUUCUUUGUAGUUUGUGUUUAUUUCGUAUUUUAUAGGAGCAAGCAAAUAGAAGAGGAAUCAUUUCUCCAAGGGUCAUCUGAUGAACACUUCAAUGAGAACUUUCGUCCUCCGAAUUUGGAGAAAAUUACAGAAUCAGGUCCUUUGUUUGGUGUUAUUUCUCCAAGACCGACAGGGAUCACAGUGGAUAAAUCAGUGGAAUUUUCAUAUGAGGAACUCGCUAAGGCUACUGAUAACUUCAGCAUGGAAAAUAAGAUUGGUCAAGGUGGAUUUGGAUUGGUCUUUUAUGGAAUGUUAAAAGGCGAGAGAGCAGCAAUUAAGAGAAUGGAUAUGCAAGCAUCUAAAGAAUUCUUUGCUGAGUUGAAAGUCUUAACUCAUGUUCAUCACUUAAACUUGGUACGCUUAAUUGGAUAUUGUGUUGAAGGGUCUUUAUUCUUAGUUUAUGAAUACAUUGAAAAUGGAAACCUUGGUGAACACUUGCGUGGAUCAAGCCGGAAUCCAUUGUCGUGGUCUACCAGGGUGCAAAUUGCUCUUGAUGCAGCUAGAGGACUUGAAUACAUCCAUGAGCACACUGUUCCUUUAUAUAUCCACCGCGAUAUAAAAUCUGCAAAUAUUUUGAUUGACAAAGACUUUCGUGCAAAGGUAGCAGACUUUGGACUUACAAAGCUAACUGAAGUUGGAAGUACCUCUUUCCAUACACGCCUUGUGGGUACAUUUGGUUACAUGCCUCCAGAGUAUGCUCAAUAUGGUGAUGUUUCCCCUAAAGUUGAUGUCUAUGCUUUUGGAGUAGUGCUUUACGAGCUAAUAUCUGCUAAAGAAGCUAUUGUCAAGACGAAUGAAGUUAUAACUGAAUCAAAGGGACUUGUUGCAUUGUUUGAGGAUGUUCUUCACCAGAGUGAUGGUGCUAGAGAAGGGUUAUGCAAAGUGGUUGAUCCCAAACUCGGAGAUGACUAUCCGUUAGAUUCAGUUUGCAAGGUAGCUCAGCUUGCCAAGGCUUGCACUCAUGAAAAUCCUCAGUUGAGACCUAGCAUGAGGUCCAUUGUUGUAGCUUUAAUGACUCUAUCAUCCUCAACUGAAGAUUGGGAUAUUGGUUCCUUUUAUGAAAACCAAGGCCUUGUUCAUCUCAUGUCAGGAAGGUAGCAA